GGAGGAACUCUGGGUGAAGGAACAGGCGCGACUAUGUCAGACGAUGAGGAUGACCUUCAAAUGGAUUUCUCUUUAGAUCAAUCUGGCUCUGAGGGUCUGGACAUGAUGGGGUUCGGUCCACUGCUUCCAACCGAAUCUGAAAGAUCUCUGAUGGAGAGAGUUCGCCAAGAAUUGAAGAUUGAGCUCAAGCAGGGAUUCAGGUCAAAAAUUGAAGAUGUCAGGGAGGAAAUACUGAGAAAAAGAAGGGCAGGAAAAUUACCUGGUGACACGACUUCAGUACUGAAGGAUUGGUGGCAGCAACACUCUAAGUGGCCUUACCCAACUGAAGACGAUAAGGCGAAACUUGUGGAGGAGACUGGCCUUCAGUUGAAGCAAAUCAACAACUGGUUCAUCAACCAAAGGAAGCGCAACUGGCAUAGCAACUCACAAUCCGUAACCUCUCUCAAGUCCAAGCGAAAGAGAUAGAUCACUCAUGCUAUUUCAACUAAAGAAAGGCGACUGAAAAUCAUACAUAUAUGUCGAUACACUACUGCAUAACUUUCAAGGCAGAAUUUGUAGCCAACAACCAUGGAAUAACUGUGAGAUAAGUCCAAUGUUCUGAGACCAUGUCAAAGGUGUAAUAUAUGGUGUUCGAUCGAGUGACUUACAUAGAAGGUUUUAGAUUUCUAUCUUCAAAAAACAUAACUUUCUAACCGAUUAAUUUGUUGCCUCUGGAGUUUGGAUUGUCUCUGUUUAUUAAGAAAUAAGACCAUUGUUGAUCUAUUUUGAGACAGAAAAGAACACAUUGUACCUCAAACUCUUUAAAUUUGUUUCAAUGUACUCAGAUUCUGAAAGUGGG